AACGGGUCGCCGGUGGCCGGCAUGGCCGCAGCGCGGAGUUGCAGCUGUCCGGCACGUGUUUUGCCAUUGAAGCAGCUCUGCUCGCGCCAGCGGACACUCCGACGCCUCCCACCCCUCUAAUGGCCGCUUCUUCUUCAACAGGUAAGCCACUCAGUUCCUCUAAUGGCUGCUUCUUCUUCAACAGGUAAGCCACUCAGUUCCUGUCCCCUGCUUUCUCUAUCGUUUACUAAUAUGUGUUUGAGUUCUGCGACCAUACAAGUUUCACAUUGCACUAUGAUUAGUUAACACCUGGUACUGAACAUUGUCAAAUCUGAGUAUUUUACACUUGCACCGCCAAAAGUAGAGUUUUUUUACACUUGAUACCUGAACAACUCAACGACGUCUACCAACUGAGCAACAUUAUUUUUGAGAAAGAAAAACAAUUGGUAUGCUAAAUAAAUGAAUCUUUACAGAACUGAUGUUUGCAAGUGUCACUGUUUGGUCAAGUAAAAAACAAUGUGGUAUAUUAUAGUCGCAACGCUAUUAAAUAACUACAUCUGUGCUAAACGUUGUGCCAUAUAUGCACACGGAUGAACCAGACCAUGUUCCAAAUAGUGGAACCAGUGCUUUAGAAAGAAGGUUCCUGUGAUUUUGCCAUAUGCUGGGUGGCACAAGCGUUUAGGUAGUUAAGUGCAGCUUUCAUCAUUAGUGGAGUAUGCAUUCUGCAUGUUUGCUCUCUUGGAAAACGAUGUACUAUUUCACAGCUUUAUCUUUCAAACUCUGGUAUUCGAUUCUUUUUGUCCUUCUGUUCAGCGUAGAUACUUUGCGCUAUCUCUUCAUUGUUGGCUGGACCACAUCAUAGUUCCUAGUGGGGUGUCUUUGACUUAUUUGAAAGCUUAGUUGGAUCAGAUCAACAUGUUGUCAAUCUGAAACAAAAACUGCCAAUUACAACCACAUAAUUCUUUUGUUGGGUGUAUCACUGUAGGAACUUUUCUAUCGAAAAAGGGAUAAUCGCGUGCAGUUGCACUAGUGUGAAUUGAACGCUAGUCGCUACAGGGCUGGGGACAUGUGUAUGUGUGAUGUGUAUGCUCACAUCAUCUGGUUUCCCAUUAUCUAGAGCCUCUCUAUUCCUUAAUCUGAGAUACAUGUGUUGAUUUGAUCAAGCUGUCCAGCAUGAAGAUGGUCACAUGUGUCCUUGUAGGCCAUGAGUAAGCCAAGGAGACAAAGUAGUAGUUGGAGCAUUGACCAGUGGAUGAGAGUUGCAGGUCACUCAUGGAAUGGCAGGUGCAUGCAUCAAGUCUAACAAAGAUUAUGCCCUAGUUGAGUUCUUGUGAAGGUCUAGUUAGCAUUUAGCAGCUCUACCUGUUGGUGCUAUGGACCGGCAUGGGCCUGGAGGACCAGGUUGGGAGGGCCCUGGAGGGUCGGGGUCAGUACCACCUUGAGGGCCUUGAUUUACCCUGGCAUUCUGAAGUGCUAUGGAUCCGCAUGUCCUUAGAGGACCAGGUUGGAGGGGCCCUGGAGGGUGGGGGCCAGUACCACCUGGAGGGCCUUGAUUUAUGGGUGACCCUUGCAUUCUGAACAAGGUCUCUUUCCACCAAGUGUUUCAUUUUUUUAGAAAUGUUCUCUUUUAGAUGAUAAAUCGAUGUAUAGGUACUUCAUUGGGGCCUGCAGCAAUGUGUAUUCUUGAUCUGUGAUGCCAACAUCUGUGCUUCUUGUGUUUGUCUUAUAAUAAUUAGUGUCACUGUUUUAGUGGAUUUAGACCUCAAGUGCUACUUUAGCUAUGAUUUUAUCUACUAGCGAUGUGAUUAUUUGUU